GUUCGCGCAUGCGUGUCAAAAGGUUGCGAGUUCGUUCCUGUUGGAUGACCGCGGUACUCGGUAGUUCAGCGUUUGGUAUCGUGGCAGACUGUCGCAUCAACCAACUGUUCCCUCUUUGCUCUUCCGCGUAAAAGUUUUCUUUAGAGAAUAGUACAAGUUCGGUAAAAAGAACGUUGCUAAAGUUCUCUAUGACGUGUAUUGUGUAAGUUACGUGGAGUACGUCAACAUGAGGUGGUGUUUGACAGCUGUUUUGUUCCUCGGCUUAGUUUGUUCAGUUCGACCCGAUGAAGAGUUACCAGAGCCGACUCUUCGCAUCAUGGCGAGGUCAACGGUCUACAACGUGGGCGAGACCAAAGCAAUCUUUUGUAAAGGACAAAAUCUAAUAGAGCCUAUUCAAUGGUUGUCCCCCUCGGGCAAAGUAGUCGAGGAGCGAUCUACCAAGAAUAGCAGAGUGUUCGUGGAACGCAAGACUGAGGAUGAUGGGGUCCUGGUACCCCUCAUCAUUCAUCGCAUCAAGAUCAGCGAUGGAGGCAACUGGACCUGCAAAGCUGGCAAUCUUUCUGAAACGAAAGAGUUUAUUGUAGGAGAGAAAGUUAAUAUCGCCGACAAGAAUGUCACCCUGGAAGGCGAGGAGGGCAAAUCAGUGAAGUUGACUUGCGAAGCCAACGGGUAUCCUCUGCCAGUCGUCGUUUGGUACAAGGAUAAGCAGCAAAUUAGAGAUAAAGAUGAGCCCAAGAAGUAUUCAAUCAAGCAAGACAACACGUUAGAAAUUAAGAAACUCAAUCACGCCGAUGUUGGCCUUUACGUGUGCAAAGUUAGGCAAAAGGCCUUGUCCCACUACACUGAAAAGACUGUCCAUCUUUCUGUACAACAUAAACCAAUUUUGUACAACAUUGACACUCAAAUGAUUUACACGAACCAAAAAUACAAGACUGAAGAGGUUUACGCUAUUUUAAAUGAUACCAAAAACGUGACUUGCAGUGCCAUUGCCAACCCCCCACCCACCUACAGAUGGUAUAGGAGAAACAACGGAUUCGAUGGCGACCCAAUCUCCGAUCCCGAUACGGUGAUCACUUCAGAAGAUGGGACCAACUCCGUGCUCAUACUGAGAAUUAGGGAAGAAAGCGACUAUGGUGAAUACAGGUGCUCUGCUAGCAACACCAAGGGCUCCGAGUCCAUCAUCUUCCACAUCAACCCUGGUUCCAGACCUGAGCCCCCAGAUUCCGUCAGCCUGGUUGGCGCCAAUACCACUGAUCUCACUUUCAACGUGACUUGUUCAACUUGCAUCUUCGCAACUGGUGAUGAAGUUUCGUUAGACCCAAAGAACCUGACAGUUAUUGGAUACAUUUUCCAGCUGGCUGUUGCGAAAGAGGGCUACCCAGUAGACUGGGAUGGCGCAGCAGAAUAUCGUCUGGAUGUUGAAGAUCCUGAGAAUACUCUGUUCACAGUAGGAUCUCUAUCGAACAGCACGGUGUACCACGUUCGCGUGCGCACACGCAACGCCGCGGGUAACUCCGAAUGGCUGGAGACUGCUGACGCGAAAACGACAGACGACGCGAUCAGGCUCACAGCUGCCUUCACCCUCAUUAUCGCAGCCAUAUUAGUGCAUCUUUAUUAAAAAAAAGCUUCUGGUUGACGUGGGGAUUUUUUUUUAAUUCGUGGUAUAUGUAUAAAGAGUUUCUAUGGUGAUAUUUUCGGCUAGGUUUUUGAUAAGUUACGUUGCAGAUGAGCGCCGAAAAUAUGUUGAAAAAUGUUUGUUUCAAAGUGCGGAAAAAUCAGUGUUAAUGUUAUGCUUUAUUGGUUAAUACAUAGAAUAUUUACUUCAUGUUAAUAUAUUAUAAACUUUAAACUGUUUCAAUGUAUGUUGUUUGGUUUUUAUAAAUUGAGAGAAAAGUCAUCGAAAGUGAAAUGUGUUCGGUGUUUUUGUUAUCAGAAAUUGUUUAAAAAACUGCGUUAUAAUUGAUGCCAAAUAUUAAGCCAAAUCUUUGAAUUGAUAUUUAAACCUAAUUUUAAGUCUCAGUCCCCAUGACAUUCCAAAGUAAAUGUAGAUAGAUAAUGUUUAAUUUAAAACCAAAAUAAUUGUCUAUUAUUGAAGUUUAAAAUAAUUAAGUGUUCAAUUUCUCUUACCAAAUAUUUAAACAGCCUGAAGUUAUAAUUUUAAUAGGUAACAUUACGUAUUUAAUAAAUAUAUGUGUACAUGAAGUGUAACUAAUUUACAUAGGAUGGCCGCUCUUGCUUCUUUUAUUUUGCAAUGAAAAGAGCGCGUACAUAUAUUAUUAUAUAAACAUGUAUAGUAUAUUGCUGUGAUUUGCUUAUAUACAUGUUUGAAAGGGUGACAUAAUUGAGUCGUAUAUAAAAACAUUGUUUAUGCUCUAAUUAUCAAACACGUGAUUCUUAUUUAUUUUUGUCAGAAAACGUCAAACGUUUCCUAAUAAACACUCAUUUUGACAGAUUAUUUUAAAAAUAUAUUAUUAAUUAAAAGUUGCGAUCACAUCGAUACACGUAUAAUUUGAUUAUUUCACGUUUUUAUUAUUAAAAAUCUAAAUGUUUGACUUACCGCGGCAAAAGCACCCAUUUUGCAGCUUGUCACUUGUAAAUACAAUUAUAUAAAAAUAUUAUAUGUAUAAUUAUUUAGCUCUGCAUAAAAUAAUGUAGUUUUAAGUUAUCGCAUUCAUGUUGAAGGGUUAAAGUGUACUUUUGGAGCUAAGUUUAUUUUACAUCUAUAUUUAAAUUAAUAUAAAUCUUUGCCUACUUAUAUAACUAGUUACACUUAUAUAAAGUGAUGUCCACUGAUUUAGAAAGUAUGGGUAGGUAACCCUAAAAAGGGUUGUGUUCAAAGCCUACAAUAACCCUAAUACUAACGUAUGGAAUUGUAGUCUCUUCUAUUCGUUCGUAGGUCUGAUGCGUAAACGAGAGACUUCUAUGCAUUUCAUAUGACUAGUAAUUGCGUAGUUCUAUGAAUUAGCUUCAAAAGUACAUACAUAGGUAUGUGUAGCUGGAACUGAUACAUGCACUACGGUCUAUGUACGAGUAGAUAAAUACAGUUAAGUAUAUUUUAAGUUAUCGUCGUUGUUAGAAUAAGUUUAAUUUUUAAAGUCGAAUAAAUCGAAUCCUUAACAUUAUAAACUAUGACAAUAUUUAUGCAGGUACUAUUUUGAUUCGAAAUUUUAUUAACGGUUCAUUUUUCGAAUUUUACAUUCCAACUUACGAAUACCUAACCUAACCUUAAUCAAUCGGUCAAUUUUUAUUGCAUAAGUCACAGUUUUACCAUGUUCUAGCAGGAAGACUGAUUAUUCUAUUGUAUAUUUGUUUUCCUUUGUAUCGCUUCUUUAGGUAAAACAUAGAUAGGAUUACCUUAAAUGAUGUACUGGAGAUAAUCGAUUUGAAAGGUCAAUCUUUGAGAUUGCUGUAUGAAAACAUUAUGACAUGAAUGACAAUCCCUAUUGACAUUUUCAUUGCGCGUGACACGAUAAGAAUUUUAUUGAAUAUUACUUGCAAAGUUAGCUUAAGAAGCUUGGUAUCACUAAAGUUAAGGGAUCCUUUGGGCUUCAUGCCCAUGCUGCAUUGUCGCAAACAAGAAUCGCGACAUUUACAUAAAAUUUAUAAGUAGUUGAAGAAAAAUCAUUGUUUUAUAAAAUGUUUAUUGCCGUUUGUACCUAAUGUACCACUCUGGUAAUUUCUACUGUGUACAUACAUAAUAUUGUCGGCUAAUGAGUUUCAUAUACACUAAUUGUUAUGUUAAUUACACUGGUGUUUCUGCCUCUAAUAAAAUGGUUUAUAAACAUUUAA